AUGGCAAAACCUGAGAGUGGCAUAAAGAAGCAUGCUCCUUCUCGACUGAGUUCCCUCAGUGUUUUGGAAACCAGGGAUGAACUUGAAGAGAAAUUAGACAAAUGUUAUAAAUGUGUUACCAAUUUAUUAAAUGGAUUGUCAGAAAGGGAGGCAAAUGAUGCCUUGAAUGCUUAUAUAUCAAAAGGAGCUGGUCAACAUGAGGAAGUUCAGCUUGGUUUGUUGUUCUCCAUUCUGGUUGACAGUAAAACAGCAGUAAAGUGUUAUAGAGAUAUGACCCUAACUAGUCGAGAUGGUUUAAAUAUUGUCUUAUUAAAAACUAAUACUAUUAUAUAUGAGAAAUGGCUACGUUUAGCUGAUAGUGUUCGAACACAGAUAUUGUGGUUAAUACGAGAAUUAAUAAAAAAUAACGUACCAGGAGCAGAUAGUGUUUGUUUUAUAUUAUUACGACAAAUUUCAGGAGGUGAUAUCUCGACUAAAAAUGUAUAUUUAUGUGAAAGUACAGUUGACAUGUUUUAUGAAAAUAAAUCAUGGUUAGAGAAACAGACAGGUUUGAUACCAUCAGUUGUUUAUACCUUUCUACGUGUAAUGAUAGACCACAACCUACCGUCACUAGCCACUGUUAGACAGAAAGAAACAGAUCUAUGUAUAUUAUUACUCAGGGAAAAGUUUGUAGAGUGUAUGGUGAUAGGAAGAGAUUUAGUCAGAUUAUUACAGAAUGUUUCUAGAAUACCUGAAUUUGAAAAACUCUGGUUUGAUUUGAUGAAAAAUCCUACUGCCAUUAGUCCUCAAUUUACUGGUUUACUCCAGCUGUUUCAAAUUCGUACCUCUAGAAAAUAUUUAGUUAGUAGAUUGACUCCUGAUAUGGAAAAUAAACUUGUUUUUCUUAUUACAAAGGUGAAGUUUGGUCAACAGAAGAGAUAUCAAGAUUGGUUUCAACGUCAGUAUUUAUCAACACCCGAGAGUCAGACAUUAAGAUGUGAUUUAAUAAGAUAUAUCUGUGCUGUGUUUCACCCUAGUAAUGAAUUAUUAUGUUCAGAUAUCAUUCCACGCUGGGCUGUGAUUGGCUGGUUAUUAACCACUUGUACGUCUCCUGUAGCCUUAUCUAUAGCCAAGUUAGCGUUGUUUUAUGACUGGUAUUUUUUUGAGCCAGAAAAGGACAGUAUAAUGAAUAUAGAGCCAGCUAUUUUAGUUAUGUAUCAUUCUAUGAGACCACAUCCUGCUAUUACAGCUACCUUGUUAGACUUUAUAGCUCGGACAUACAAUAAUUUCUGUCCAAUGUUGAUGAAUCAAGUAAAACAGGGUAUAAAGUUAUCAUUACAAACUAUAGUCAAUAAACGAGUUUUACCGUCUCUGUCUCCAUUGUUUGAUAAUAGUAAACUAGAUAAAGAAUUAAGAAUGUUAUUACAAGAAACUUUCCCUGAAUUCUGUUCUGUGGAAGUAAAAGAUGAAGUAAAUAAAUUAGAACCAAUAGACGUGGACAAUAGUAAUGGUGAAAAUCAUCUAGACAAUAAUUCCUCUGAGAUACCUGAUGCUCGGUUCAGUGAUGAUGAGGAUGAUAUACCCAUAGGUCGUCUUGGUAACGAUGUUAAAUUUCAACCAAUCCGUGACAUGCCGUGUUAUCAGCAUGUAGAUAUCUCAGAGAAUAUUCAACAACUAGCGGGUGAUAUUAAAGAUCUAACUGUAGAAUUACAAUCUGAAAGGUAA